UAGAGGGGUGCAUGCAGCACCUGUAUUGGGGAGCAAUUUGUAGUUGGUGGGUACCCCAGAAAGUGACUUUGAAUGAUACCCCAAAGCAUUAUACAAGGGAACCCGCUAUUCUAAAGCAGGUCAGUACUCACCCGGAUUGGCCCCAUAGUACAUGCAAAUUAUAGGGUCUUUGACGUCACUUCCUACCUAUAUACGGAACCGCCAUUUUCUGGCGGCGAGUGAGUAAGGGGAAGGCGUACCGGUGGCGGGACCGUAUUGGAGCGGAGCGGGCAAGUGUGUUUAACAUAUAUACACACACCCACCCACACGGUGUAGGGGUAAUCCGCACACUGAGUGGGGGAGGGGAAUCAUCGUUUCCUAACCCGACAGGAAGGGGAAGCGGCUGCAGCAGGAGGCGGAUCGGAGCCCGUGAGAUAAGAGGAGCAGCUCCUUCUCCAGCGCUGCCGCACAUCUGUCAAAAUGUUUCAACCACCAGUUAAUAACCUUGAGAAAAUUAGGAGAGCGCGGAAGAGGGUGAAGCAAAUGUUACUGCAGAUUGGCUUAGAGAGUUGCAAAGAUAUAUUAGAGGAAAUCAACACUUUUAAUCCAGGAGACAAACAUUUUUCCAGUACAUCAUGGGAGGAUGUCUCGCUUUGGGAAGCUAAUGGACGCAGAAAUGAAUACAGAUCAAAGUCAUUUUGCUGCAGUAUGUGCAAAUUUUCAACCAAUUUGCUUUCUUCAUUCAAAAGCCACCUGAAGCGCUAUCAUGAAGAAGAGAAGGACCUUGAGCUCAUGUCUACAUGUUCUCACUGUCCAUUUACUUCCCAGUCAAAAACAGUUGGAAAGCACGCGCGGAUAUUCCACAGUAGUGUGCGGAAGGGCCCAAUCCCUGCUGUGAAGGAGAAUUCAAAUCUGCCGAGGAACUGCAUGAAACUUUCGUGCUCCAAGUGUUCUUUCACUGACACCCUGUACUACAGCAUGAAAAAGCAUGUUCUUUUGAAACAUUACGAGAAAUUGGCUGAAUCUUAUUUUGGAGAAAAGUCUGAAAAAGAAAUUGGUGAUGCUUCAGAAGUUAAAACCCAGCCUGUAAAUAAGUUCUUUUGCAAGAAGUGCAGUUUCACAGCUGUUUCUCAUGAUGCGCUGAUAUACCAUAUUAUAACAUCUGAAAAACACAGAGAUCUCGAACAGAAAUUAAGGGCUGACAUUUCAGAAAUCAGUAGAGCUCAGCUGAAAAACAUACGACCCUCCAUGUCUGGAGUUGCUACACCACAACAAAUAGCGGUGUCUGCAAACUCGCCGGCUGCAGUUCCAGCUUCGUCUCAAGGUCCAAAGAUGGUAUCACUUCCACAAAAUGGCCCAAGUCAACCUUUGGGGACGUCAACUGCUGCUAUACAGAAUGUUGUACCAAAAAUUGCUACUGUUGCAGAUUCUUCAGUGGGUUUGGUACAGAAAACUGCUACAUCUGUUGCCUCUACAGCUACAGUUGAGUUUGUCACUACAGCUCUCAAACAGAACCAGACCAUUACCCUCCCGCAGAACCAGACCAUUACCCUCCCGCAGAACCAGACCAUUACCCUGCCGCAGAACCAGACCAUUACCCUGCCGCAGAACCAGACCAUUACCCUGCCGCAGAACCAGACCAUUACCCUGCCGCAGAACCAGACCAUUACCCUGCCGCAGAACCAGACCAUUACCCUGCCGCAGAACCAGACCAUUACCCUGCCGCAGAACCAGACCAUUACCCUGCCACAGAACCAGACCAUUACCCUCCCACAGUCUAUUUUUCUGUCUCCCAGGUUCCCUCUGAACCAGUCUGUUACUGCAACUGUCCUUCCCUCCGGCUGUAAUGUUGGACAGAUUCUUACAGGUGCUCAGACCUCUGUAAAACCCACUGUUCUUCCUCUAAAUCAACCACUGAGUAGAAGUUUGCUUCCUGUAAAUCAGUCAGCAGUUCUUGCUUGUACUCAGUCUGUGCGACCCAAUGUGAUGAAUGCGAACCAGACAGUGAGACCCGCUGUUCUUAAUGUCAAUCAAGCUGUAAAACCUGGCAACCCUACAACAAAUCAAGCUGGGGCUUCCCAAAACACCUUCCUCUCUGCUCCCAUAUUUAGACAACUCAUUCCAACCGGUAAACAAGUGAAUGGGAUACCAACCUACACCCUCUCUCCUAUCACUGUCUCUUUGCCUGUUGCUCCAUGCACAGUUCCUGCUGUUAACCCACCCAAAGUGACAGUGCAGCUGAAAAAGCCUGAUAAUGUAGUUAAGGUUUCACAAACACCAGCAAAUGCAAAAGCUGUUCCUGUUGUAAGUCUAAACACCACUCCCCAAAAGGCUGCCUCUUUAAAAACUGCUCCAAGUCCAUCAGGUAAGGAGGCCAAGCAAUGGAAGACCUGUCCUGUAUGCAAUGAGCUUUUCCCUUCAAAUGUCUAUGAAGUGCACAUGCAGAUAGCACACAUAAAAGAGGAUCCAACCUCAAAAUCUGCAGAUACACCUAUGGGGAAAGCAAAAGAACCGGUUGUUAUUGCAGCACACACAUCCUCUUUGAAAGUGAAUGAGAAUAUCGUCAGAUGUGCACCUUGCAAGACCUUGAUAACUGCAGAAGAUGUUUUACAGCAUCUAUUGAUGCAUGGUCUUGUUUGCCUGUAUUGCAAGGCUGUUUUCCAUGAACUAAUAAACUUUGUUUAUCAUAUGAAAAUAAUGCACCAGGAUAAAAAGACAAUACAUGCAGAUUUUUUGAAGAAAGGCUUGACGAUUCCAACCGAUGAUGACUGUAAUGCGCUUUUUCCUCGUUUUGACUUCAAAUUAAAAGUGUCAAGAGAUGAGCUUGGAGACCGGGAAAUAAACCUUGCAGUAGUUACUGGAGUCAAUCCAAAAUUUGUAUCUGCAUUAUACAUUAAAAUAAAACACAAUCCUAAUGAUGACGGUGCUGCCGGCAAUAAGCAAACCUCGAAAUGCCCUUUCUGCAAAUGUUCUCUGUCCAAGACGGAGUUGUAUGAGACACAUCUGAAAGAGAAGCACCACAUCAUGCCUACAGUCCAUACCAUUUUAAAGACUCCUGCUUUUAAAUGCAUCUAUUGUUGCGGUGUUUACACAGGUAGCAUGACUUUGUCUGCCAUUGCUGUUCAUCUGCUCCGUUGUCGAAAUGCCCCCAAAGAUAGCAGCUUUGGGGUUGAGGUUCCACCUGAAGAUAAUGCAGCACAGGCCUUAAAGGGUGGGGGCAUGCAUGACUAUGCAAAACAAAAUACUAGUUCAGAAGAUCAGAUAGCAACAGAUGAGGCCAACCAGCAGACAAGUGCUGGUGAGGACUUUCCACCUGUACCUCACAAGCGAAGAAGGGUAGAUGUAAAGCAAGACCAGUUGGAUAUUGAUAUUGAGAAAGACUCUCUUGAAAUCCUCGCCAUAGUUCCUGACAAAUCUGAAACAUCCCAUGAAUCUAAAAAGGAAUUUUUAACAAAGUACUUCAACAAAAGGCCAUAUCCCAGCAAGAAGGAACUGUUGUUGCUUGCUACUUUGUUGGACAUGUGGAAAGGCGAUGUGGCUUCAUACAUAGGAACCAAACGUUACUUGUGUAUGAAAUCUCUAAGAAACAACAGACAGAGGGUGCUGCUUGGGUUCCAGAUGUUGAAACUUCAAAAGCUGAAGCACGAUCUGACGUUCAACGAAAACGAGGAAAUUGCAUUAAUUCCGGAGCACUGACUUUGAAUUGUUGUUUUAGUACAUAAAACCAGGACUUCUCAGAAUGGCAUGCGGCUGGUUAGCAUUCCCAUGGACUUUAAAUGAUUACAGCACCUGCUAACCAAGAUAAUUGUGUCCAAUUCCUCUUUACAGCUGUUGUUCCUCUAUACGCAGGUCUGUGUACAAUCUGGUUUACUACCCACUGGCAGACAACUGUAGUUUAAUACUCCACACUGCACUGUUUUUUGUUUUGUUUUUUUAUAAUUAGUAUACCGCGAAAAAAAAAUUGUCUUUGAAAGUUAUGGUUUGACAUUUGUAACCCUACAAAGUGUGCGGCAUAGAUAAUUUGUGUUUAAUACACUGUUCAGACAUUGUGUAAUGUAUAACAUGUCAAGCGUUGUCUACAUGA